GUAUUUUCCAAGUGCUUUCUAAUCAAAGCAUGCGUAUCUCUCUUCUCUUGUAAGUCAACCUAAAAAGUCAAGCGCUCGACGGCCUCUCCUCUUCAAUUUUCUUCGAAACAAACACUAAAAAAAGCGAGAGAAAAGAAAAGAAAAUUUUCAUUUUCAAACAAAUUCUGGUACUUUCUUGCAAUUUAUGACGAAUAUUGCAAGCGCACAACACAAACAAAAGCCAAAAUAUCAUUCAUAGUUGCCAAUCCAAAGCUAUUAGCUGCCAUCGCUCUCCAAACCCUCUGUGUCUUUCCUUCAAUUAUGGAGCUUCUGAAUCCCGCACACCCGCCUCUUCAUGACCCCUCCCGGGAAUCCCUUUCUGGGUUGUCUUCUCCGGGAGCUUUCCUGGUUGGGUUUGACCGGACUGUGAGUUCCCAGUUGCCGGAUAUUGUUGAAGAAGGUGGGUGUCUUAGUGGUAGCGGUGGUUGUGGUGAUGGUGAGAAAGUGUAUGUGGCUGUGGGUAAAUCUGUUGAGAAAACUGUAGGUUUGCUUCACUGGAGCUUUAAACGCUUUGGGAGCAGAGAAAUUUGUAUCCUUUAUGUUCACCAGCCCUCUCCUCUGAUACCAACACUACUGGGAAAACUACCAGCAAGUCAAGCAAAUGCUGAAGUAGUUUCAGUACAUAGAAGGCAAGAACGGGAACAGUCAAAGAAGCUUUUAGAAAUUUACUUGGCCGUUUGUCAUAAAGCUAAGGUUGAAGCUAGUAUCAUCACAACUGAUUGUGACCAAGUUCGGAAGGGAAUAGUAGAAUUGGUAAACAGACAUGGUGCUAGGAUGCUUGUUAUGGGGGUUGCACCUGAAAAUUGCAUGAAGGUGAAAAAGAGUUCCAACAAAGCUAAUUAUGUUGCUAAAAGUGCUCCUUUAUUCUGUGAAAUAUGGUUUAUCAACAAAGGGAAACAUGUGUGGACAAGAGAAGCUUCUGAAAAUUCAAGUCUUUUACCAUCAUGUGAUCGUGCAGGGGGUGCGAGUACAGAAACUUUAAGGUCUAUGUCACUUCGGUGUAGCAAGAAUGCAUUGCCAUUCCAUCCAGAAUAUCUUAGGUCCACUUCUGCUACAGGUGUAACUUGUGACCGAAUUAGCCAUUGGGUUCAAAGUGACUCAACCUAUGCAAAAGUGGCUAGAUCUGGUUCUACCAAUACAUGUUUUACCCACUCUAUCCAGAGUUCAUUUAGUCCUAGAAGUAAUAGCUCUGGCACAUCUACAGAAAGAAGAAUUUCUUCAGAGUCUGAUUCAAAGCUUGAGGAAGACAGCUUAUAUUUUCAGCUGGAAGAAGCAAGGAUAGAAGCAGAAGCAUCUAGGAAUGAAGCAUUUGAAGAACUGGUGAAGCGCAAAAAAUUGGAAUUCCAAACUUUGGAAGCCAUCAGCAAGGUCAAAAUCUUUGAUUCUGCCUAUGCAAAUGAAGUUAAACAUAGAAAAGAAGCUGAGAAUGCACUAAGACAUACAAUAGAGGAACAAGAAAAAUUCUUGGAAGAGAAAGAAGAAGUAACUAAAGAGCUACAGAGGACCAUGAGAAAUGUUGCUCUUCUGGACAGUCGUGUACGAGAAGCAAAUCGUAGGCGGGAUGAAGUUGAUGGAGAAUUGAAACUCAUUCAAACUUCCAUUGCAUCUCUAUGGCAAGAAAAGCAGAGGAUCCGACGGCAGAAAAUAGAAGCUGCACAUUGGCUUGAGCGAUGGAAAAAUCACAGGCAAGCUGGAGCUCCAAACUGUAAUGGGCUGCUUGGUUUUGUUGAAGAUAUGCCCAAGUUAGCAGAAUUUUCAUUAUCUGAUUUGCAAACUGCAACAUUCAAUUUCUCUGAAAGCUUCAAACUUGGGCAGGGAGGAUAUGGUUAUGUUUACAAAGGAGAAAUGUUGGGUAGAACUGUUGCCAUAAAGAAGCUGCAUCCAAAUAACAUGCAAGGGCAGUCAGAGUUUCAAAAAGAGGUUCAAGUUCUUGGCAAAUUACAACAUCCUCAUCUGGUGACUUUGCUUGGGGCAUGCCCAGAAGCAUGGUCUCUUGUAUACGAGUACUUGCCCAAUGGGAGCCUCCAGGAUUGCCUCUUCAGGAAGAACAACAUUUCUCCCUUGACAUGGAAAGUCCGAGCACGGAUUAUAGCUGAAAUCUCAAGUGCACUUUGCUUCUUGCAUUCUUCUAAACCUGAAAAAAUUGUCCAUGGUGAUCUGAAACCACAAAAUAUCCUACUUGAUUCUGAACUUAGCUGCAAAAUAUGCGAGUUUGGAAUUUGCAGGCUGGUAACGGAUGAUACUCUUUAUUGCCCUAGUUUUCGAAGGGGCACUGAGCCAAAAGGUGCUUUUUCAUAUAUGGAUCCAGCGUUCCAAAGAGUGGGAGUGCUGACAACCAAGUCUGAUAUCUAUUCUUUUGGGGUCAUCAUUCUACAGCUACUUACUGGAAGGCCUCCUGUUGGGUUGGUAGGUGAGGUGCGAAGAACAAUGUCAUGUGGGAAAUUAUCCUCAAUUUUGGAUCCUUCUGCUGGAGAAUGGCCAAUAUUUGUUGCGAAAAGAUUGGCGGAAUUGGGUCUGCAGUUUUGUGAAUUGUGUAGCAGGGAGAGACCUGAGUUGACACCUGCUCUAGUGAGGGAAUUGGAACAGUUGCAUGUUUCAGAAGAGCGGCCAGUGCCAUCUUUCUUCUUGUGUCCUAUUCUUCAGGAAAUAAUGCAUGAUCCCCAGUUGGCAGCUGAUGGUUUCACAUAUGAAGGUGAAGCCAUACGUGGAUGGUUGGAAAAUGGCCGGGAAACAUCUCCAAUGACUAAUUUGAAGUUGAGUCACUUGCAUCUUACUCCCAACCAUGGGCUGCGUCUUGCAAUUCAAGACUGGCUAUGCAAAUCUUAAAAUCCCAUUGAUUCAUGAAUGUAGUAUUUCGUGUUGUAAUCAUGUACAGAUGUGAAUUAUAUGCCGUCCCUGCUGCAUCUUUGUAAAUAAAAUGCAUAACAGAUAAGUGAUUUUUGUAACAUUUUGUACGAGGAUUUUUUAGUCA